GUUGUGGGCGGGGCGAGGCCAGGGAAUCGGGCUGCGGAGGGUCGGCUUCGUGAGCUCUGCUGCUUGUGGUUCUUCGGUAGAAGGCGGGCCCGAGCUCUCUUCUUCGCGGCUGCAGUCACGAAGUGCUCCCGCUGACCGUUGCCUGCAUGGGCCUGAGCAGCCUGUCUGCGAACAAGCCGUGGCAAGGAGAUGAGACACCAUCUACAAAUAAUGGGAGUGAUGAUGAGAAGACGGGACUCAAGAUUGUAGGAAAUGGAAGUGAGCAGCAGCUUCAGAAAGAGCUAGCAGAUGUGCUGAUGGAUCCUCCCAUGGACGACCAGCCAGGGGAAAGGUCACAACUGGAUGGUGAAGGAGAUGGGCCUCUUUCUAAUCAACUCUCAGCUUCAUCCACCAUUAAUCCUGUGCCUCUGGUAGGGCUUCCGAAACCAGAGAUGAGCCUGCCAGUGAAACCUGGACAAGGAGAUUCUGAAGUAUCAAGUCCUUUUACACCAGUGGCUGAUGAGGAUAGUGUGGUUUUCAAUAAACUAACUUACUUAGGCUGUGCUUCAGUAAAUGCUCCCCGGAGUGAAGUGGAAGCCUUGAGGAUGAUGUCCAUCUUGAGAAGUCAGUGUCAGAUUUCUCUGGAUGUAACCCUCUCAGUGCCGAAUGUAUCUGAAGGAACUGUGAGACUUUUAGAUCCUCAAACAAACACUGAAAUAGCAAACUACCCUAUCUACAAAAUCCUCUUCUGUGUCAGAGGACAUGAUGGGACUCCUGAGAGUGACUGUUUUGCAUUCACUGAAAGUCACUACAACGCAGAGCUCUUCAGGAUACAUGUCUUUCGCUGUGAAAUACAAGAAGCUGUGAGCCGGAUACUUUACAGUUUUGCCACCGCCUUCCGCCGCUCUGCCAAGCAGACCCCACUCUCAGCCACAGCUGCACCACAGACUCCUGACAGCGACAUCUUUACCUUCUCUGUGUCUUUAGAAAUAAAAGAAGAUGAUGGUAAAGGUUAUUUUAGUGCUGUUCCCAAAGACAAGGACAGGCAAUGCUUUAAACUUCGACAAGGAAUUGAUAAGAAGAUUGUUAUCUGUGUGCAGCAAACAGCUAACAAAGAACUUGCCAUUGAAAGGUGCUUUGGUCUUCUCCUUAGCCCAGGAAAAGAUGUCCGAAACAGUGAUAUGCACUUGCUGGAUUUGGAGUCUAUGGGCAAAAGUUCAGAUGGAAAAUCAUAUGUUAUUACUGGAAGCUGGAACCCGAAAUCCCCACAUUUUCAAGUUGUGAAUGAAGAAACUCCUAAAGAUAAAGUGCUGUUCAUGACAACAGCUGUGGAUUUGGUGAUAACUGAAGUACAGGAACCUGUUCGAUUUCUUCUAGAGACAAAAGUUCGAGUGUGCUCACCUAAUGAAAGGUUAUUCUGGCCCUUCAGCAAACGAAGCACUACUGAAAACUUCUUUCUGAAACUGAAGCAGAUAAAGCAAAAGGAGAAAAAGAAUAAUGCUGACACUUUAUAUGAAGUUGUGUGUUUGGAGAGUGAGUCAGAGAGAGAGAGGAGGAAAACCACAGCCAGUCCUUCAGUUCGCCUGCCACAGUCUGGAUCCCAGAGCUCCAUGAUCCCCUCUCCCCCAGAAGAUGAUGAAGAAGAAGAUAAUGAUGAACCUCUCUUGAGUGGAUUUGGGGAUGUAUCCAAAGAAUGUGCAGAAAAAAUUCUUGAAACAUGGGGAGAACUGCUGUCAAAAUGGCAUCUCAACUUGAGUGUGAGACCGAAGCAGUUGUCAUCCUUAGUGAGAAGUGGUGUUCCUGAAGCUCUUCGUGGAGAAGUCUGGCAGCUGCUAGCAGGCUGCCACAACAACGAUCACUUAGUAGAAAAGUACCGAAUUCUCAUCACAAAGGAGUCUCCUCAAGACAGUGCUAUCACCAGAGAUAUUAACCGCACAUUUCCAGCUCAUGACUACUUCAAGGACACAGGAGGAGAUGGACAAGAUUCUUUAUAUAAAAUAUGCAAGGCAUAUUCUGUGUAUGAUGAAGAGAUUGGUUACUGCCAGGGCCAGUCCUUCCUCGCAGCUGUACUGCUUCUCCACAUGCCCGAAGAACAGGCAUUCAGUGUUCUGGUCAAGAUCAUGUUUGACUAUGGUCUCAGGGAACUUUUCAAACAAAAUUUUGAAGAUCUUCAUUGCAAGUUCUACCAGUUGGAGCGCCUUAUGCAGGAAUACAUUCCUGACCUGUACAACCACUUCCUGGAUAUCAGCCUUGAAGCACACAUGUACGCCUCCCAGUGGUUCCUUACACUUUUCACUGCAAAAUUCCCUCUCUACAUGGUCUUCCAUAUCAUCGACCUGCUCUUAUGUGAGGGAAUAAGUGUCAUCUUUAAUGUCGCCCUUGGAUUACUAAAGACUUCCAAGGAUGACUUGCUGUUGACAGACUUUGAGGGUGCCUUGAAGUUCUUCAGGGUUCAGCUCCCUAAAAGAUACCGCUCAGAAGAAAAUGCAAAGAGGCUCAUGGAGCUUGCCUGUAACACAAAGAUUAGCCAGAAGAAGCUGAAGAAGUUUGAAAAAGAGUACCAUACCAUGAGGGAGCAGCAGGCCCAACAGGAAGACCCCAUCGAGCGAUUUGAGCGGGAAAAUAGGCGGCUGCAAGAAGCUAACAUGAGGUUGGAACAGGAAAACGAUGACUUAGCUCAUGAACUAGUCACCAGCAAAAUUGCAUUGCGGAAGGACCUGGAUAAUGCAGAGGAAAAGGCAGAUGCAUUGAAUAAGGAGCUGCUGAUGACCAAGCAGAAGCUGAUUGAUGCAGAAGACGAGAAGAGGAGGUUAGAAGAGGAGUCUGCACAGUUAAAGGAAAUGUGCCGCCGGGAACUUGACAAGGCAGAAUCAGAGAUUAAAAAAAACAGCUCUAUCAUUGGUGACUAUAAGCAGAUUUGUUCUCAAUUGAGUGAAAGACUGGAAAAGCAACAGACAGCCAAUAAAGUGGAAAUUGAGAAAAUCCGGCAAAAGGUAGAUGACUGUGACCGCUGCCGAGACUUCUUCAACAAAGAAGGGCGAGUGAAGGGUAUCAGCUCAGCCAAGGGAGUUUCAGAUGAGGACACAGAUGAAGAAAAAGAGACACUCAAGAACCAGCUUCGGGAGAUGGAGCUAGAGCUGGCACAAACCAAACUGCAGCUGGUAGAAGCUGAAUGCAAGAUCCAGGACUUGGAACACCACUUGGGCCUUGCCCUCAGUGAGGUGCAGGCAGCCAAGAAGACCUGGUUUAACCGAACACUGAGCUCCAUAAAGACAGCAACUGGUGUUCAAGGGAAAGAGACAUGUUGAGAACAGCUGCUGCCUCCAGACACCUCCAGAAAACACACCACCUUUUGUUGCCUUCUUUGGCCAGAUGUGUGAUUCUGUGAUAUGUUGCAGGACCAGAAUGAACCUAGGUCAGAGCUGUAUAGUAUAUUGUUAGGUCAGUGGGCUAGGGCUCCUGCAGCAGGCUGCCAACCCAACUGAUGCUUUGGGUAUGCACCAGAGUCCUUCCUCCUAGUGCCAUUCAGGCCUCUUUUCUGUAUAGGAAGGAACACUUCACACAGCCAGACUUGGGGAAUACCCCAAUGUAUUGGGUUUUCUUUUUCUAAACCCUUUAAAAAAAUUGUGUGUGUGUGUGUGUAUGUGUACACAUAUACACACAUGCACACACUCUAUCCUUUGAGUUGGGGAGCAGGGGUUCAGAAAUUUGAGUAAUUCUUAUCUAUCAGUGCCAGCAAAAGCCCCUAGGAGAUGAGAAGCACUUUGAGUAGAAGGGUCUCAUAGUCACAGUUCAAGUCACCUAAUUUUUUUUUAAACUAAUAUAGUGCAUAGGUUUUGAUUUGGAAUUAUUCAUAUUGCUGAGCAAUUCUAUGCAACUCUCAUAGUCGUGUCUUUUUUUUUUUUUUAAACAAAACAAAACAUUAGCUGCCAAACUACUUCUAAAGGCUGGAAUGGGCCACAUGACUGUGAGACUGAAUCAAUCAUGACACGGACAGCUCUUAUUUUGUUUAAAGUGUACAUAUAUAUGUGUGUGUAUAUAUAUGUGUGUGUGUAUAAAUAUAUAUAUAUAUAUAGAUAUAUAUAUAGAUACAUUUCCCAGUACCCUGAACUGACAGUGUUUAAGUCCCAGACAACCUGCUAAUCUACCACUGCCGUCUGUGGUCAUGGGGCACUUCCUUUCACUUGAGGUUUAUUGGGCUUUGUUCUUCCUGCCAAUGUAGGAGCUGGCAAGAGCUCCAUGACCUCUAAUGUGUGCAUAGCAGGUCGUUCAAGAGAGCAAGACUGAAUACAUGAAAGUCCCUACACACUGUAAAGUCCUACUUUCCUGGCUGGAUCUCUGUCAGGCCUCUGAAGCCUCCAGGGGGGCCAGGUGUACAUCUCACUGGUCAGGUGAUGGGCUGUGGAUUCUCACUUUAAAGCUAUGAAAUGGCAGUUUUAGCACCUUUUUUUUAAUUAAAAACAAAACCUUUUGACUCUUAAUUUAUAUGCUGACAAGUGGUGUCACAAGUGGCUCAUCCUCUCUGCUCUGUGUGCAGGUAGCUUGGGUUUGUAUAUAAGGACACUAGUUAUUUUUUCUUUCCCUGUUGGCUUUUCUAAUGCUUGAUGAGGUCAUCUACAGUGGGGAGAUAAUAAGUGGCCUGCUCUUCCCCAGACCAUCCCCUACACCACUUCCUGUGUCUGUCUCGUUCAGUUAACCCAAACAGUAUAAGCCCAUCUUAAACUAGGUGUGUGGACAUUGUGUGCUAGGGUAGUUUGUGUGUCAACUCCAUGAACUGAAAUAUAAAUCAGUAAAACUGUAUUACUAUUUCUUUUGUUUGUUUUAACAGCAUAUUCAUUAAAUAUUUUGGUACAAACAGCAUUGCUUCAUACAAAAGUAGUUUUAUGUUUGCAUAUUCCUUUCCCACCCAUUCCCCAGAAGUGCAUAUGGGAAGAACAUAUUAAGUAAAGGUUGUGUUAUGCAAGAGAUGCCUGCCCAUGGCCCUUACUGAGAAGUGUAGUGCUGUGGGUCACAGUGCUUAAAAUUAAGUCUUGGGCCGGGCGUGAUGAUGCUCGCCUUUAAUCCCAGCACUUGGGAGGCAGAGGCAGGCGGAUUUCUGAGUUUGAGGCCAGCCUGGUCUACAAAGUAAGUUCCAGGACUUUCAGGGCUACACAGAGAAACCCUGUCUCGAUAAAACAAAAAAAAACAAACAAAAAAAAAAAAAAUGGUCUCACCAGUUGAAGAUCGGAGAAAGAACAGCAAGUAGCUGGUAGUUUAAGAAGGGAAGCAACUGAAAAGAGCAAGUGUUUGCUCAGACACAGGAAAAGCAGUAACAAGGGUGGGUAUAUCUUCACUGAGGUUCCUUUCUCUCCCUAGCUGGUCAUCUCAACAUCUCAACACCCUAGGUCCUUUACACUUUUUACUACACCUCCCUUCUCUGAAUCUCAACUAUUGCUUUGUAACCCUCCACUUGCCACAAGCCAGAAUCUGGGCCUGGUCAAGUAGUCCCUGCCUGACUUCUACAUAGUUGCUGAUCCUUAGGCCUAAGCUGUGGUAAGUACUCUUGGAAAGGCCAGGAAAUGGCUCCAAAGCACAGUUCACAGGGUGAAAGACAUGCUUCUUGGGUCUACAUUUGCUGGCUGGCUAGCUGUUCAAGGCUCCCAUGUUAGGGAGAAAUCUCCAUCUUGAAGCUAUACACCACCAUCUAAGAAAGGGAUCCAUAUGCCAGUCAAUCUUAGUGUGUGAGCCUAAAACAACUCAAGAUACUAAAAUUUAUAAUUGGGAAUAUACCUUAUAAGUGUAUGGGAUACACUGGACCACUGGAGGUACAGUUUUAUAAGCAAGACAAGAAGGUAGUGAUAAACUCUGCAGUGACUGGAUUUCUUGGGUAGAAGCAAGAGGAAAAUGUUAAGGAAGGAUUGGAAAAAGUAGUCUAAGUCAGGUGGAGGCCCAUGCAAAUGACCUGGAAGAUGUGGGGAACAAACUGCUGCAGAGAUUAAAGGUAGUUUGUAUUUGGGUAGUUCUCUGCUGAUCCUUUAUGGAGGGAAAUGGAAAGAGAAAGAAGAGUAUGAACGGAGGUAAUAGAACAGAAAGAUGGGAAAAGGAGUCUCGAAACUCAAUUCUACAUAAGCAGUAGGAAGAUAAAUUUAGCUUUCACUGUUUUGGUCCUAGAUAGCCUUGGACAGAAGAGCUGCAGAUGUGUGGGAUAUACAUUUGCUAGUGAGUGGGUCAUCUAUAAUGCAAAACUUCUCAAUUUCAACACUGUUGGCAGUUUUGGUGUCCUGUGUGGCAGUAUUCAGCAACUUACUUGGUCUCUACCUACUGGAUGCCAAAAGCAUACAACCCAAAAUAUCUUCAGGUAUUGCUGAAUAUUCCCUAGAAGGCUCAGAGCACUAAAUGUUCUUCACUUGUAACAUGACUGGAGGCUGGGGGGUCAUGGGGUGGGGGAAGAGACACAUGCAGAAAAUAUGGAGAGUAAGCAAGUACCAGGACAGAUGUAUAAGGAUGGAACAGGUCACAGAUGAACCUUGUUUUUAGUGAGAUAUGGAAGCAGAGUUCAUUAUGCUGUUGGUGAGGCAGGUUUAACAUAGCAUUGCAGAUAGCAAAACUGUACUGUGACAGGUGGUAGCAGGCACUUAAGAGAAUGAACAUGUCAGGCAGUUAAGAGCUGGCCCACUGUGUUCAAAGGUAGUUAAAUACAAUCUGCAGGCUGAAGGACAAAUAAGAGUACGUCAGCAAUUCUAAGUGGGGAGAGGGAGGAAGAGGCUUAAAACACUGGACAAGAACUCUAAAGUGCAAAGCCAAGUUGGAGAGGAAAACAAUGUAAGAAGGGGAAAAAAGGAUAAUCCACACAAACCCCAAUUAAGCACAGAUCUAAAUGACCCAAAAGUAACAAAACCUGAGCCUUUGUGAAGGGACAUCGUGGUAUGUGACAAGAGCCAUUGGCUUAGAGUACCAGAUGCUAAAAUACCUUCUAAAGUGAGGGGAGGGAGUGAGGACUUGAGCUGGAGCAUGAGUGGGGGGGAGGGGGACCUGUGAUGAUGGCUUAAAGAGGCCCCUUGGACUUGCAAACUUUAUAUGCUCCAGUACAGGGGAACGCCAGGGCCAAGAAGUGGGUAGGUAGGGUAUAGGGAACGUUCAGGAUAGCACUUGAAAUGUAAAUGAAGAAAAUACCUAAUUUUUUUAAAAGGCAGAAAAUAAAAAGGUUAGAAAUUUAAAAAAAGAAUAAAGGGCACAAGUGCUAGGCUCUUCACUCCCCUAUUUAUACGUGAAGAGUCUGGACAAGGUCACACUGCUGUAAUGUUGCCCUACAGUUCUAACUACCAACAGCCAGGAUCUGUUCCCUAUAUGUACAUUACAUAGAAAUUUGGAGCCAUUAGAAGACAUGGCCAUGAGCAUACACCCCACUCAACCUUUCUCUGACUGCCUGCCUACCUCAUAUGGGUUAUCACUGCAGGAGGCCCUUAACUCCUUUCACACAAUCCUUAUCCUCUGUUCCCUUCCCUACCCAACAACCUUUUACUGUGGAUUGAGCCUUGUGCCCAUUACAAGCAAGAAUGUUCUCUCAGGCCCUGAGAAUGCAGUUGCAGUGGAAACAAGCUGGCUCUUCUGAGUCCCAACCAGCAAGUCUUAAGUGCAAGCUGAUGGUGUGCAGAGAAAACAUGGAGCCCUAAGUUUAACGGUGCUUCAAAACACAACACCCAGUGCAACUGUCUACUUACCUAACCAGUGGACCAGGUGUCACAGUAGAUUCCAGCAGGUUUCCCAGAGCUGGCUGCUUGAGGAAGAGCUUCACCACCUUUGGAGUCAACUGCUUGCUGCUGCCCUGUAAUGCUCUACUCUUCUGUUUCUGGUAAUGCCUGCAUCUUGCUAACUCAUGGACCAGUUUUGAGGGUUAGAAGUGAAGAAUCUAAAAGAUUUAGAUUGAGCACCCAUAUAACAUGACACACCACUUAGGGCCAACUGGAAGUUUGAAAUGUUAGAAACUACACAGGCUCCAAAUCACUGACCAUGUCAGGAUGCAUGCACCUACUCCCUCUGUAUGAAGUGAAAAACCUCUGAGAUGAAAUGAGUUUGAGGAAAGGGAGUGAAGCUUGCAUUUGAUUCAAUUUUAUUGGUAUGUCUGUAUGUGCUUGGGUAAGUAUGUAUGUGUAGAGGCCAGAAGAGAGCAUUGGAUCUACUGGGUAAGUGAUGAGACUGAACUCAGGCCCUCUAAAAGAACAGUGAGCCCUUUUAACUGCUGAAGCAUCUCUGCAGCUAGCACUGUAACUUUUCAGUAAAGUGAGUCCUGUACAGAACAGUCCAGGCCAUUCCUAUUUGACACAGCGUUUAUUUUUAUUCAUCCAAAUGGAAAAGAAAUGCAACAUGUCAAGGCAUUACAAAGUGCAGCAGCCAAACAAGGAGUCUAUGGCAGAGUCCAACAUAUUCAACACAAAGGAGCCGCAGUGUGGGUGCUGCUCGCUGGGCUCGGAGCAGCAGGGUCCCUUUGGAUGAAGGCCAGGCAUCUCUGGGCGAGGCACUGAUGAUAGUCCACACAUGCAGGCUGCUGCUUCAAGCACGCUGAUACUUGGAAAGUCCAAAGUCUACAUGUCACCACAGGCCCAGAAGACAUGGGGCAGUCCAUGGUGCUUGUGGUUUCCAAUGUUUAACAUAGUAUAUACAUCAUAAAAUUAUUGCCAAAGACUUUGCACUGCAAAUUAUACUAUUUACACUGUGUACUUGGGAAAACAGUAAAUACAAAUGGGUAUUUUAAACAGACUUCUAAGCACUAACUUGGCCAACAUCAGAACCGAGUAAGCUAAAGCCUGGAGAAAAAUGCCACCUGUAUCUUUGCAAAACAUAGGUUUUCACCUCCUGGACCUGAACAAAGUACUUGUUUUGAGCCUUGGUGUGCUUCAUGAGCCCAGUGCUACUCCCAAUUCCUGGGAUAUAGAGCAAGGACCCUAGACAGGCUGAGGAUGCUCUGCCCCAGUCUGGCAGUUUCUACAACUAAGUAUCCUUUCCAGAAACAGGAAUAAGGGUAGAUAAGCCCAUCAGUAAAGACUACAGGGUGGCCUGUCACUAAAAAGCUGUCAUGUGAAAUGAGUUAGGAGGAAAACAGCGCUUCAUCUCUUUAGAUUUCUUGUGAGGAGUAAUUGCUACGUGAUGGCACCAGGCAGCCUGAGCAUAAAAGAUGAAUGUUAGAGAAGGGGCUUCCUGUAUCUGGUAGCAGCAACACUUCAGUCCAGUAGAGUACUUGUGAAAUGUGGGCUCACAUCCAAAUCCUUCUUCACAGAUGGAUACCAUCGAUACCUUAGGGCAUGACUGUGUUCAGGGGACAAGUUUACUUAGAGCCUUGUGUCCUGUUACUUAUUCACUAAACCAGAAUGUUUAUGUCAACAAGAACCAAGUUCCUUGGCCAGAGUGGAAAGGUAUGCUCAGCAAGGAAGGGUAGAGCAUAUCAACCACUCAGCCAAAGGCAAGAAGCCAGAAACUAGAAAUGCAACUUUCUAAAUUACAGGAAGAAACGAAGGCAGUCUUUCUAAAGACUCCUAUCCUUACUCUUGAUUCAUUUCCUUGACCGAUUGACAAGGUACAAAAACAUUUUUUCUGGCUCCUACUACAGCAUAAAUAGCUAAGGGACGUAGUUUUUCACUUAUUUUUUAAUUUUGAUCAUCAUCAUGGCAUUAACUGAAGGCUAUGACACAGUCAACAGGCAAAGUUCUAUCAUUGACUGACCAUGCCAAGUGACAGGAACCACCCUAUAAGCUAGAGCACUUUUCAGAACUUGGCUACCAAAUAAGAGAAUAUUCCUGAGCCGAAUGUGGUGGUGCACACCCUGUAAUCCCAGCACAUGGGAGGCAGGGGCAGGCAGAUCUCUAUGAGUUUGAGAGCAGCCAGGUCUAUAUAGAUCGAGUUCCAGGACAGCCAGAGAUACACAGAGAAACCCUGUCUUGAAAAGCCAGAGAGAAAGAAAAUAUAUUCCUGCUAUCAGCUAAGGACAGACUGCACACUGCCAAGACUGAGCCAGUUUCCAUCUAUUCCAUACUCAAAUCAUAUUCCCUUCCAUGAACUCAGAAACUUCUCUAGAAAAUUUUGAAGAAUACUACUAUCAGCAUCAGAGCUAUCCCAUAUCUUACGAGGCAGCAAAAUCCAAGGCAGCAUAUCUGUAUAAGAACAUUGAUUCUCAACCUGUGGGUCGAGCCCGCUCUGGCAUGAUUCUUAACAGUAGCAAAAUUAUAAUUAUGAAGUAGUAACAAAAAUGAUCUCCUGGCUGGGGGUCACCUCAAUGUGAGGAACUGCAUUAAAGAGACAGCAGUAUUAGGAAGGUUGAGAACCAUUGCACUAGAGGAAGCUAAGCAAGGCCAACAUGUCUCCUAGGCACAUCACCUUGAAGGAUGGCUGCAGAUCACAAAAGCUCACUGAAAGCAAGCAGUUGUUGUUGGAACUUUCUAAAUGAAAGAUGCUUCUCAACCUGGCUAAAAACUGCCCUGAGGAAAUUACCUAGAGGAGAGCAGGGUGCCCUCAAGGUCCAGGAUGCACCAGGGCAGCACUCAACUUUCAGUAGAAAGCUGCAAGGCCUGGCUUUAAGUGAGUUUGCAUUACAUACAGCUUUCUUGCUCUGUGAUUUGGUUCUAAAGGGUGUGGGGGGGGGGGGGGGGACACAGGGGUACAUUCACAAUUUUUCCUUUGCACACCAAGGCCCAAAACCCAAAUUGGCCUGGAUACAAAAAAAGAGCAAGGCAAUGAAACACUGUUAGUGAAAUUGUCAUGUAACAGCACUCAUUCAUCACUAAGUCAUCCUGGCAAGAAAACCUUCCAACAUUCCAACUGCACUUUUCAUCAGAAUUCUAAGAGCACCUCAGCCCUUACACAUCUAGUCCAUACUAAGCAGAAAAGUGUAAUUUGUAGUUCCAGGCAUUGGUCUACCAUAAUCAGAACGACAUUAUUGAAUGUAAUGUGUCUGUGGUCACGUUACCCACCACCUAGAGAAUAAUCUGUGCCCCUCAGCCUGUCACCCAAGCAGCCCCAAUCUAGCCCAAGUGCCUCUGAAAACAAAAACUUGUAGCUGGGACACAACCUCUCUACCAUCUAGAGCUGUUCUUUCUGGGAGGAACCACAUAGUCCCUCUAGGUCUAACAACAUAGCUGCUGCCUCCCUUGGGCUUUCCCCACUCAAAUGUCUUCCCUCCAUUUGGAGCUCAUCAUGGACCUUCCUGAGCCCUACUCACUUUGGUAUGUAAGUAAUAUGUGAUUGAACACAGCCACACUCACCAAUGCCUAUACCAUUCUGAGGUGCUUUCAUGCUACAGUGGCAGAGUUUAGAAUGUGACAGCAACUAUGUGCCCUACAUGCUCACUCCCAUCCAUCCAUCCAGCUGUUUACCAUUCUCCAGUGUGGUGAGUAAAUUAUGGAAGGAUUCUGGAAAGGAAAAGGCUAUCGGCAUAGGAUAGGAGGAGGGCUGCCAAAAGAUUUUCACUGUAACCAAUGAGAAGGUGAUAUCUGUAUGUCCCUGGAGUUCUCACUGCUCAAAAACUGACAGACUUGGUGUCCCAAAUACCUUUAACCUUUCCAAAGAUCUGACCUAAGGCCUCCAAAUAAUAGCAGUCUAGUCCCCAGCAGAGGUACAUAAAUUCAAUAGUGCAGAAAUCUAUCCUGAUUCAUUCACUGGUGAAGUAACAGCCUACUAUGUACAAGGCCCUAGUUUUGAAGCGUGACACUCUCUCAUUCCCAGCACUGAAAAAAAUACACCUCCUUGUGAUUCCCACCUGGUUUCCUGUCCAUAACACCCAGGAGACAUGGCUAGAUGGAUAUUAACUCACAGCUAAAGCCCAGAGUAAAUCUUUCAGUAACCACAUACCUUUUUCCUCUGUAAGAAACUCUGUAAAGAAAAUGUACCUUUCCAAUGGCUAAAGACUAUACUCUACAGAUGCUGAUUCCCAAAAGGCACUAGCCCUUUUACAGGCUAAAUCUUUAAAAUUAAAAAAAAAAAAAAUCUAUAUGAAAGCAAAAAGACAGACCCCAGUAUAAAGGAAUAUUCAAUACCUAUCAUGUUGUGAUGGGCAGAAUUAGCCUUAUUUAAAAAAAAAAAAAAAAAAAAAAAAA